UUUCUCUCGAUUCACUUAACGAGGAAACCGUGAACGGUUGAUCAAAUCUGAAUACAACAGGUUCUCAUAAAACUACUUCAUUUCGAUAUUUCAACCAUCAGCGGGUCUUUCACUGCUAAUUGGAUACAACAUUGCCAGCAAAACGCCGAGGGGAUUAGCAUCACUGCCUCGCUUUGCUUUUGCGCAACUGGUGAAGACAAGCGUUUGAAGUCGCUGUUCUCCUUUCAUCAAUCCUGCUGCCUCAAGACAAUUUUCUAACCACAUGAUUAAAACCGAGGCGACAUUUGGCAUGUCCACCGCCACGAGAGCUCCAUCAAUCAGUCUGUCCGCCCUUCAACGUGCCUCGCAAUGACGGAGCGCGGUCCUUUAGCCGAGAAGGCGCUGUCGGAGGGCUUCGCGCGGCUGCGCUUCAAGGACGCCUCGCUGCUGAUCUGGCAGCAGCAGCAGAUGGAGCUGGAGAGGGCGCCUCCCACCAACUACCUGAGCCGCAGCCAGAGCUCCCGGUACAGCCGCUACGGCAACCAGUCAGUGGUGAUACGAGACAAAACAAGACUCAAAGACUCGGACAGCACUGGACAGUCCCGGGUUUGUGCCGUUAUGUGAUCCCGACAUUCUUGUUGUGACUGACAACUCGCUACACAUUUGAGUUUUACUGUCAAGUUUAAAGUAGCUGGGAUCUGUCCACAUGUCAUUACUCAGACAGUAGCGUGCUCAUGUUUACACUUGAGUUUCAUAAUGUAUUAUACAGUAUUUAUUUUACAUUUAUACAGUGCAACGGCAGUAUCGUUGGAGGAACAAUACCUUUUUAUUAUGGUUACAGACAAACGAGUACCAAAACUCAAUUUUACCAAUUAAAAAUCUAAAUUUUGACCCAGAUUAAAAGUGAA